AUGUUGACGGCCUUGGGCGGCGGAAGAUAUGCGCCUAUAUCCAAAAACCCGCGCGGGCAUAUUCUUGGCAUCAUCGGUCUUGGUAAUAUUAGCAAGAAGCUAGCCUAUAAGGCGCGAACAGCACUGGGCAUGGAGAUACAUUAUUUCGAUGUCGUCCGCUCCCCUGAAAAUGUCGAGAAAGAACUAGGUGCGACUUUCUACUCAAACCUGCAUGACCUAUUGGCUGUGGCAGACUGUGUUAGUCUGCACACACCUCUGAAUGCACACACGCAAGACCUUAUCAAUACCGAUGCGUUCGCUGCCAUGAAGACGGGUGCACGACUGAUCAACACAGCAAGGGGUCCAGUCGUCAACGAGGCAGCACUGAUAGACGCCCUCAAGAGCGGCAAGCUCGCUGCUGCCGGUCUUGAUGUACACUACCACGAGCCUAAGGUCUCGCAUGAGCUAGCUCAAAUGGAGAAUGUCACCCUCACGACGCAUGUCGGCGGCGGUGCCAUUGACACACGGAUAAACUUUGAACUCAAUGCUAUGAAAAAUAUAUUGGCCGUCGUUGGUGAGCAGGGCGAGUUCAUCGGGGAGCCCCUGACACCGGUUAACCGCAAGGCCUUCCAGGAAAGCUCUUGA